AUGGAAAAGUUUCUACGGGAAUGGAGGCAGGACGCCCUGAACAAGGCGCAAUACGACUCUGCCAUCUUCAUAGGCGACAAGCUGCUCGCUCUGACGAAUGACGACAACGACGCCUUUUGGCUCGCCCAGGUGCACUUUGCUACGGGCAACUACACGCGGGCGCACGCGUUCCUGCUGAAGCAGGACCUGAUCCCGCGCAGUCCGGCAUGCCGAUACCUAGCAGGCCACUGCCUGAUCAAACAGUCACGGUUCGACGAGGCGCUGUCCAUCCUCGGGGAGCGCAACCCGACACACCUCAUCUCGCAGGGGGGGCCGAGCCACAAGCGCAGCAAGUCCAAGCCGACGCUCUCUCGACAGCCAGCGGGCCGGCGCCGGAUCAUGGUCACCAACAGUAAUGACGGGACGGCAGACGACGACGACGAUGACUCCGCGGCGACGACGACGACGACGACGACGAUGGCGACGACGGCGACGACGGCCGAGGAGGCCGCGGACCGACGGUUCGAGGCGGCCAUGUGUUUCCUGCGCGGCAUAUGCUACGCCAAGCAGAACGCAUUCGACCGAGCAAAGGAGUGCUACAAGGAUGCCGUGCGCAUCGACGUGCAGUGCUUCGAGGCCUUCCAGCAGCUGAUGAAGAACUCGCUCCUGUCUCCGGAGGAGGAGUGGACCUUUCUCGAGUCUCUCAACUUUGACUCGGUGCACGUGUCUGCGGGGGAGCCGGCGGCAGUGCAGCAGGAGGCGGCCGACUUCACACGCAUGCUGUACACGACGCGGCUGUCAAAAUACCGCAACCCCGAGGCCUUUGAGAGCGCGUACGACUCGCUGUCGACGCACUACCGGCUGGGCGACAACCCGGACCUCCAGCUGGCGCGCGCCGACGUGCUCUACACGCAGUGUCGGUACCGGGAUGCCCUCGCCAUGACGAGCGCCAUCCUCGAGGCCGACAAGUACAACUUCUCCAUCUACCCCGUCCACCUGGCCUGCCUGUACGAGCUGGGCAUGCGCAACAUGCUCUUCCUCAUAUCCCACGACCUGGCCGACUCUCAUCCGGAGGAGCCGUGCACCUGGCUAGCCGUCGGGAUAUACUACCUAUCCAUCGACAGGAUCGCCGAGGCGCGGCGCUACUUCUCCAAGGCGAGCAUGAUGGACGCCCACUUCGGCCCCGCCUGGAUCGGCUUCGCCCACACCUUUGCCGCCGAGGGCGAGCACGACCAGGCCAUCUCGGCCUACUCGACGGCCGCCCGGCUCUUCAUGGGCACGCACCUCCCCCAGGUCUUUCUCGGCAUGCAGAACCACGCGUUGAACAACAUGACUCUGGCCGACGAGUUCCUCAAGACGGCGCACUCGCUGUGCCGCACCGACCCCCUCCUGCUCAACGAGAUGGGCGUGGUCAAGUACCACCAGGACCGGCCCCGCGACGCCGUAGCCUGCUUCACCCAGGCCCUCCGCAUGGCCGACGAGAUCGACAGCGAGCCGUCCGCCUGGCUCGCCGCCCGCACCAACCUCGGCCACGCCUUCCGCCGCCUCCGCAUAUUCGACCGCGCCCUCGCCGAGUUCGACGAGGUCCUCCGCCUCGGCGGCAAGGACCCCUCCCUCUUCUGCGCAAAGGGUCUCAUCCUCAUGGAGCUCGACCGCCCGGACGACGCCGUCGCCGUCCUCCACGAGGCCCUCGCCAUGAACCCGCAGGACACCAUGGCCACCGAGCUGCUCAACCGCGCCCUCGACGAGACGGCCCUCAUGGACGGCGCCGUCACCACCCUGGCCGGCGAAGCAGACCGGGACGCCCUCGACCACCUCGCCGACUUUGAGAACCACCUCGAGCACCGCAAGCUGCAAGCCUCGCUGCGUGUCAACGGCCGCCCCGACGCCAACGGACGACGGCGGCCACCUGGCGGCGGCAUUCUCGACAAGGGGAAGGAAACGGUCGGGCGCAUGAGGACUAGAGGGAGGGUAUCCCUGCUUGACGACGACGAGAGCGGCAUGAUGGAGGUGACGGAUGACGAGAACUAA